UACGCACAUUAUAUGCUCCCAUAACUUUUUUCUUUUUGGCCCUUUCUCCAUCGAAAUUCAAAAGCUUACACUUUACUUCUUUCUCUUCUCUCAUCUUCAAUCCUAGCUUUAGCUCAUCUAUAAUGGCAAUCGCCAUUAGAUUUCUGCUCACUUGUGUACUAGCGUUAACCACGUAUCCAUUAACCAUAUCAUCAGCAUCAGCAGUCUCCAAAGACCAAACGGCAUGCACAAUGUGCUACUCCUGUGAGAAUCCAUGCCAACCCUUGCCAUCGCCACCCCCACCAGUCCCUGAAUGUCCCCCGCCACCAGCACCUCCACCGCCAUCUCCUCCACCACCGUCUCUCCCUGAAUGUCCACCACCGCCAGUGGAAGAGUGCCCUGCGUGCGCAAUUCCUAUUCCACAUGCCCCGCCUCCUCCUAUAUAUGUUCCGAUUCCACAUGCCCCUCCUUUGUUUGUUCCGUUUCCAUAUUCUCCUCCUGGCAGCGGUCAAUUUUAUGCGCCUCCAGGUCCAGGUUAUGGUAACAAUCCAAAGCCUUAUUUCUCAGAUUACAAUCCUUCUUCUGCCUUUAACUCCGCCCGUUUGACACUUGAGAUGGCUGUUUUCGCUAUUUUUCUUUCCUUGAUCAGUCUAUGCUGCUCUGCAUAUAUGUAAAUAAGGAAAAUAUUUGUUAACAGUAAAUAGAAAUCUGAAUUAUUAGAGUAGCUAUUCCUGUUUGAUUGUAAAUGCCAACGUUAGAAGAAAAUUGGAAUAAGGCUUUGUUUGUAGUCCUACUUUCUAUUUUCUAUGUUCUCCACUUUCUUAUGAUCAAUGCAUUAUAUAAUAAAUUCGUAUUCCUUUUCAA